AACCAGAACAAUAAUAACAACACUAGUAACUCUUUGCAGAACACUCACAAUAGCAGCAGUAACAGCAGCGGUCAUCACCAUGAGGUCAUUGAUCUCCAACUCAACUCCCCCAGAUCUGAAACCCCGGUUUCUGGUGAUGGGUCUGAUUCUUUGAGGCCGACCCACGUGAGCAGCGUGGCACAGAGAGUGCAUUUGAGGAGAAAGAUUUCAUCUUUGAGUGUGGACUUGGGAGGAUUUGGGUUGGAGCUCAAAGGAAGGAAAAAAUUGGGGCAGUGGAUGUUUCUGAUGUUUUGUGGGGUGUGUUUGUUUCUGGGUGUUUUCAAGAUUUGUGCUACUGGUUGGUUUGGAUCUGCCAUGGAUAGACUUGGAAGCAAUCAGGAUAUGUAUGACUCCACAGCAAGUCAUCUAGAUCGACAAGAUCAAGAAUCUCUCCACUUUAGAUAUAUGGAGAAAGGAACUGAUGAGAGAAGAGAAAUUAAAGUGGAACAAACAUUCAGUAUGGUAUCCUCAAGUGUGGUUGGUGAUCAUAAUAGUGUGGCCGGUUAUCACAAGAGUGUGGCUGAUCAUGCAGAGAUAUGGUCUGAUCCUAAUAGCGAGAAUUUCACUCAGUGCAUUGAUCGACCAAAAAGUCAUAAAAAGCUGGAUUUGAACACGAAUGGUUACCUUCUGACGAAUGCAAAUGGUGGUUUAAAUCAGAUGAGAUUUGGGAUCUGCGAUAUGGUUGCUGUUGCUAAAGUCAUGAAGGCCACUCUCGUUCUCCCCUCUCUUGAUCACACUUCAUAUUGGGCUGAUGAGAGUGGUUUCAAAGAUCUGUUUGAUUGGCAAUACUUCAUUGAGUCACUACAAGGUGAUGUUCACAUAAUUGACGCAUUACCACCUGAAUAUGCCGGAAUUGAACCUUUCUCCAAAACACCAAUAUCUUGGUCUAAGGUUAGUUACUACAAAACAGAGAUCCUUCCCCUUUUGAAGCAGCAUAAAGUGAUGUACUUUACUCAUACUGAUUCGCGGCUCGCCAAUAAUGGACUUCCUCCUUCUAUCCAGAAGUUAAGAUGCCGUGUAAACUACAGGGCAUUGAGGUAUUCUGCUCCUAUUGAAGAUCUUGGGAAAAUUUUGGUAUCAAGAAUGCGACAAGAUGGCAGUCCGUAUCUUGCACUCCAUUUGAGGUAUGAGAAGGACAUGCUUGCUUUUACAGGAUGCAGCCAUAAUUUGACAAGUGAAGAAGAUGAUGAACUCCGGCAGAUGCGGUAUGAGGUCAGCCAUUGGAAGGAGAAAGAGAUUGAUGGUGCAGAAAGAAGAAAGCUUGGCGGCUGCCCUUUGACUCCUAGAGAGACUGCUCUCUUGCUUCAAGGGCUGGGUUUCCCAUCCACCACUAGAAUUUACUUGGUGGCUGGUGAAGCUUAUGGUAACGGAAGCAUGCAAUAUCUUACUGAGAGUUUCCCGAAUAUAUUUUCCCACCUGACUCUCUCGACAGAGGAAGAGCUAAAUCCAUUUAGAAAUCAUCAAAACAUGCUAGCCGGUUUGGAUUAUGUUGUUGCUCUUCAGAGUGAUGUUUUUGUUUAUACUUAUGAUGGCAACAUGGCGAAGGCAGUACAAGGUCAUAGACGCUUUGAGGGUUUCAAGAAAACUAUUAAUCCAGACAGGAUGAAUUUUGUGAAACUGGUUGAUCAGCUUGACGAGGGGAAAAUAACUUGGAAGAAAUUUAGCUCCAAAGUAAAAAAGCUUCACAAGGACCGUAUAGGAGGGCCUUAUGUGAGGGAGCCCGGCGAGUUCCCCAAGCUGGAAGAGAGUUUCUAUGCAAAUCCCCUCCCUGGCUGUAUUUGUGAGAAAACCCCUGAAGAUUGAAGCUCAAACUAGUUAGGUUUUAAAUGCUUUGACCGACAAUUAAGGCUUCGACUGCAUGGGAAAUUUAAGGAUCUGUUCUGAAAUUUCAGUUGACAAUCAAAAGUUAGUCAACUGGAUUUCACCAAAUACGUUCACUGGUUGGUAGUCGGACGAGCCUGCCAUAUCUAAAAGGGUUCAACCGGCAUAUUAUAAGCAGAACUCAUGACGUCUUGACUCUUAAACUGCUGCACAGACUGGGUUGCUGCAGAUUGGUGAAGUAUACUCAUUUUAAACGACGGACCGACCUAUACUGCAUUUAAUUUAUUGGACAUUUUCCACUGAUUUAGCUCUUAGAAGUGAGAUUGAAGUGGUUUAACAGGUCUAUACUCCAUAUAUGUAUUACCACCAUAUACUAUGGAAGAUGAAAUACUUGAACGAACAUAAAAUAGUAUUCAAGUAUAAAGCGAUCUUAGAUUUUACAACUUGA